AUGUUAAACCCAUUUGCGCGAUCCAAGAACGAUCUCCCAUCGAUGAAUCGUCGCAGGAUCACUGCUUGGGCCCAUGAUAUCAUUGAUGAACUUCAAAGAAUGGGCAUUUUGAAUCCAGGCAAUGAGAAGGCCGCAGAUGAUCUGUUUCGUGUGUACCAAAAUAUCCUUCAAUUUUAUUCAUGGGUCUCCACACGUCCCAGAGUUCAUGCAACUCAUUCUCCACGCCCUAUCCAACCACCUUGGACACCAAAUGAUAUUUUCGCCUCGGCGCAUAAAGUCUGGACUGAUCUUGAGUGGGAAUUAAGGCUAGAGAAAGAUGGCGCGUUUAUCGAUCAGAUGAUUGACCAUCUUGGGUGGUUUUGGAAUAUCAAGAACAAUUUAGUCAAUCAAGCCCGCUAUACUCGGGGUCUUUCUGUCCUUCCAAACAUGGAAACAAUGGCAGAAGCGGCAAACUAUGCUAGAAUCAGUAGCAUCGAUUCUGCAAAUAUAACGCAAGUUUCAGAGGAGAGAUCCAUACCAUUGGGCAGUUACUUUCCCCGUCCCAUGGCGCCUGCGAGCAGUGAUAAUGCGAGAAAUGUAGAAGCUUUUCCCGCAGGAUACAGCACAAGACGAGGAAACUCAGGCGAUAAUAUUAUGCACCCAAGUCGAACACAUUCAUCCGGAACUCCAUCGAUACUGCAGCCGAAGACAGGUCAUCUGCAACUGCCAAGAUAUUCUCAAUCGAUUCAGGAGCAACCUCAUUCUGCAAUGCCAGUCACCCUAUCGGUCAAAGGUAAACAGUCGCCUAGCUUACACCCCGGUGUACAGUACCAACCACCCACUGCUCGCGAUAAGCCAUCGCGCAAUAUUUCUAAUAUGGCGGGUGGUAAAUAUAACGAUGGUAUAGAAUAUUCACAGGCCUCUCAAGUUCCUGUGGGCUUCAUCCUACCUGCACCACAGAGUCGAGAUGACAGGUACCCGAAUAGAGCUCAGGGGUUUGGUGGUGGAUCCAAAGGUCCUAUGACUAAUAUACCAGCACUCAAGCCAGUUUUCAGUGGUAGAAACAGCCAUGGACAAGAUUUACCGACCUCUCACGAUGGACAGUCAGCACAGUUUCAUAGCGGCGAAACACGCACCAAGACCGGAAGUCGAUCCUCUGAUACCAGAAUCUCCCUCAGUGCCCCAAACAACGAUGUGAUUGUAAUUUCAGAUACGCCUUCACCGGAAUCGACAUCUACACCUGUCAAAAGCCUCAAGUCGAGAGAUUCUGACCGCCAUCGAAGUUCACUUGUCCUGUCUCCUGAAGAGAACUAUGAAGUUGAACAUUCUUCCUCAGAAAUUAUACCUUCUGUACAUAUCAGAGACACAACUAGGCAUUUUAGCUUUCCGGUCAAUCCUAGGAAAUCUAUCAAUAGUCCUAGCAAUCAACGCAAAGUAAGAGCUACAAAAGCAAACAAAACAAGAAGUGGAUCUUUUGAUCGAAGAUCAGCCGAACAGGGGCUCGGUAGUGCGGGAGAGAAAACACGGAACAGAGUCACGGAUACUGGUAGUAAGAAACCCAAUGCCACGGAGAAUAAUCUGAGCACGCCCAAGGGAAAAACAUCCGUCUCUAGCAAUCACAAUCAGCGCAAUACGAAAGUUAACGAUAUCGGAAAAGCCAAGGAGACCAUGUCUAUUCCCAUCAAUGUGGAGCAAGACGACAAGGCAAAUCACUUCCAAAAAGUCAAUUCGAAAAGGCCCGAACCUAUCAGUGAGGCUUACAACACUAUUCCGGAAAGUCAUAACAAGAAGCCGAAAAUUAGCAACAAUCCCACAACUUCCCCGUCAGAUUAUGCUUCUCCGUACACAAACUUCCUCAAACAAUACCGGCCAAGCAAUCUCAAAAAUCCUACAAGCCCGGGGGUAAUUCAAAAGGCCGCCGAAGAUAAGGUGGUAAAAAACAAAGUUGUUGGUGGUGGUCACAUUGGAGAAAAAGUUGGCAGUGAAAAGUCUGUGGGCGAGAAAGCUCUUGAGGAAAGUAAGACCGGCAGCAAACCUAUAGACCAUAAGUCUACCAACGAGAUUAAGGUUAGCGCUAAACCUAUUAUCGAGAAAACUGCCAGCGAAGACUCUGCUGGUGAUAAACUGAUGGCCGAAGCACCAAUUAUGGAGGACGCUAUUAGCGUGGAGACUUCGAGAAAUGAACUCGCCUCGGACAAACCUGCGAGCGAUAUGCCACUUCCUGCGAAGAACAUCAAGUCCAAAUCGCUCUAUCGUCCUUUUAGCAUGAGAUGA